UCAAACAUUUAUGUUUAAGAUUGUGAUCCUCUCGUUAUUACACAUUUGAUUGAGACUGAAUUUCUGUUGUUACAUUUGGAAAUAACGUGGUUGUAAAUUGAUAUACAUAUUGAAAAUAUUUAGGAUUACAGCUGUGUUCUUUGUACUUAAAUGUCUUCUUCCUACCCGAUUAAUUUUGGUAUGCAACAUUACAAUUGUUUUCACUGGAUUUUAAUUACCGCGAUGGUAUUUAGCAAUAUGUUGAUCAAUGUCAAGUUAAUGAGACCUUUAUGUAUAUUUUGUUAUAACACAAUGCUACGUAUAUGAUUAAAAUUAUUCUUUUUUUAUAUUGUAGAGAUAUUUCCAAUUCUAAAUGCUAUAAAUAUCUUAAGGCGUGAAAAGGAUGUAUAUGUCUUUGACAGUAAAUGGCGUUCAUCUGUGCGUAUUCGUUUUUAUAUAUCACUUUCGGAGAUGACAUUUUUGUAUAAACAAUUAAUGCAGAGGCAUGUGGGUCUUAUUCAAAUAUUGCGUGAUAAACACAUCCAUAUUGAUACUGGUAAUAAUAAAUGAAAUGAAUGAUAUAGAAUAUCACAGGACUCAUACUACAUUGUAAACAAGUGACAUAUACUUUCUAUUGUGCUGAAGAGAUUUUAUGAUAUGGAGUUAGCAGAUGGUAGAAUCUUUUUUACAAAGAUAUCUGGGAAUCAUUCUGAAGAGGACAACUACAAUGUCGAUAUAACAACAUUGACGGAUGACGCGGAUUUCAAGGAGGAAGAUGAUAACGAUGAUGAAACAUAUACUGUCGAAGAAGCAGUUGAAAAACUAGGGAUCGGAUGGUUCCAGUUUCGGCUAUGGAGUAUCACUGGCCUUUUUUCGGCGGCUGAUGCGUGUGAGAUGAUGUUAUUAGCGGUGCUGUCUCCUGUGGUUAGGUGUGAAUGGGGACUUACACAAGCACAAGUUGCUCUGAUUACCACAGUUGUGUUUGUUGGUAUGGGGACUAUGUCACCUUUCUGGGGAAUGAUAGCGGACAAAUACGGAAGGCGGAAUAUAUUGUUACUGGCGUCAUGGCUUGUCUGGUACUUUGGAUUGCUGACGUCAUUCAGUCCGUCAUACGCUUGGAUUCUUAUACUACGUGGGCUAGUCGGGGGAGGAAUCGCCGGAAUGCCUCAUGGGUUCACACUUCUGACAGAGUAUCUCCCGAAGAAAUAUAGAGCCAAAAUACUGAUUUUCGGGUCUGUAUGCUGGGCAUCAGGAACUAUGUUCGAGAUAUGCCUUGCCGCCAUAAUAAUACCAAGAUUAGGCUGGAGAUGGCUUCUCAUUCUUUCGUCUGUACCAUGUCUAGUCAUAAUUAUCCUCUUUAGGUUUCUUCCACCAUCUGCGAGAUUUCUUGUUGGCGCCGGGAGGAAACGAGAGGCACUGAAAGUGUUAGAAACCAUGUCAAGAUUAAAUAAAUCAAAAUUACCGGAUGGUGAGCUCGUCCCAGAAACACAGGAGGAAAGAGGAAACCUAAAACUUCUUUUUUCUUCAUCCUACAAGCGAACAACUAUACAGAUGUGGUUUUUGUGGUUUGGUACGGCACUUACGUACUAUGGCAUGGUGCUCGCGAGUGCUGAAAUUUUACAACUUCAUAAUACAAAAGAAUCUGGAGGCGAAGCGUGUAAGUGCAAUUUACUGAAAAAUGACGAUUACGCAUCCAUGAUUGUUAGUACCCUGGGGGAGUUUAUCUCACUACCCUUGAAUAUGUUACUCAUCGACCUCAUUGGGCGGCGAUUUACUGGUGCAGUUAACUUCAUGGGUUGUACCGUGUUCUUUCUUCUUAUACAAUUCCACGUGUCACAAGAAUUGCUCACCUUUUUCAUCUUCAUGGUUAGAGGGUUCUCCACUGGCAUUUUUAAUUUUGUUUACAUCUAUACAUCAGAGGUGUAUCCUACUUCAAUACGUGCCUCUGGUCUAGGGACAUGUUCCGCUUGUGCUCGUAUCGGGGCAAUGAUUACACCUUUUCUAGCACAGGUAUUAUUAGACGCUUCCCUGACGGCGGCGGUGUGGGUUUAUGGAACUAUUUGUUUGUGUUGCGCUAUAACAGCAGCAUUAUUACCGAUUGAAACAAAAGGAAGAGCUUUACGGCAAGUGGUGUCUUGAUUGUUAACACGACAGGUUAAAGUUGGCUCAACAAAAAGUAGAUGCACUUCAAGGACGGAGAGACGCAUAACAGGCCAAAAAAGUUUCUGCUUUGGUCUCUGGACGUUCUCUCUUCGUACAAGUUGUUGAUGCUGAUGAUAAAACAAACAUACGUGAUUGCGAACAAGGAUUAUAUCAUCAGCUUAAUGUCACGUCAUUUUUGGCAUAUUUAUGGCAGAAUGACACGUUCGCAAAAUUACAUACAUUUUGUAUUUAGUCAUUGAUCUCUGCAUCUGUCUGUGUUAUUUGCAUGCUAUGUUCUGUUUUCCUGCAUAAGUUAUGUUUUAAAGAUAAUUACCCACAGUAUUUUAGUAUCACUAUGGUUUCAUAUACAUUUUGUGCAAUCGGAUGAUCAAGGGUAGGAAGCUAAUAAAACGUAACUUCAACACACAUGAUAUUUUACUAUU